GCAGCCUGACACUCCUCCCUGCUCAGUCGACAGCAGCGGUUCCUCCUCCUCAGUUUCCCCCGCGUCCUCCGCCUCACACACGGCGUCUCUGUCCUCUCGAUCCCCCCCGGUACCCGUGUGAGGGAGUGAACGUGUGUUUUCUUGGGGGGAUAUUUCUUUAUUCUUCCCGGUUGUUCCGUCUCUGUGUCGGAGCGUGCCGAGCCAGGACCGAGCGCGGACGCAGCCCGUGUCUUCAGGCUGCACCGGUGGGCGGAUAGAAAGCGGAGGAGGGCAUCCGGAGCAGGGCCUGGCACCUCCGGAGAGUCGCCUUGAAACCCACGGAAUUCACCAUUUUCAGGCUGCACACUGCCCCGCUAUGGAGAAGAUGAAGAGGAUCAAGAAGCGAUUGUCUUUAACGCUCCGCUCCAGUCACACCAUCGACGAGUCCCUAUCUGAACUGGCCGAGCAGAUGACCCUUGAGGAUGGCGGCACCAAGGACAAUGAGCCCUUCAUGAGGAACGGCCGCCCCCCCACCUCCCACAGCAUGCACUCCUUCCUGCACCAGUACACCGGCUCCUUCAAGAAGCCCCCACUCCGCCGGCCGCACAGCGUCAUCGGCGGCACCCUGGGAUCCUUCAUGACUAUUCCACGCAAUGGCAGUCGUCUGGAUAUUGUACAUGAGAACUUGAAGAUGGGCUCAGACGGGGAGAGCGACCAGGCGUCUGGAACGUCGUCAGAUGAGGUUCAGUCUCCGACCGGCGUCUGUCUGAGGAACCGAGUCCACCGGCGGAUCUCCAUGGAGGACCUCAACAAGCGUCUGUCGCUGCCAGCGGACAUCCGAAUCCCCGACGGUUACCUGGAGAAGCUGCAGCUCAGCAGUCCGCCCUUCGACCAGCCGCUCAGCCGACGCUCCCGCCGGGCUUCUCUGUCGGAGAUCGGUUUUGGGAAGCUGGAAACAUACAUUAAGCUGGACAAACUGGGAGAGGGAACCUACGCCACAGUAUUCAAGGGACGCAGUAAGCUUACAGACAACCUGGUGGCGCUGAAGGAGAUCAGGUUGGAGCACGAGGAGGGAGCGCCAUGCACCGCCAUCAGAGAGGUGUCAUUACUGAAGGACCUCAAACACGCCAACAUCGUGACGCUACACGACAUCGUCCACACUGAAAAGAGCCUAACGCUCGUCUUCGAGUACCUGGAUAAGGAUCUGAAACAGUACAUGGAUGACUGUGGAAACAUAAUGAGCAUGCACAAUGUGAAGAUCUUCCUGUUCCAAAUAUUGCGAGGGCUGUCAUACUGUCACAAGAGGAAAGUUCUCCACAGGGACCUGAAGCCUCAGAAUCUCCUCAUCAAUGAGAAAGGAGAACUCAAACUGGCUGAUUUUGGUCUGGCGAGGGCCAAGUCCGUCCCAACUAAAACCUACUCCAACGAGGUGGUGACUCUUUGGUAUCGGCCUCCUGAUGUUCUGCUGGGAUCCUCUGAGUACUCCACACAGAUCGACAUGUGGGGCGUUGGUUGUAUAUUUUAUGAGAUGGCUGCAGGUCGGCCGCUGUUCCCCGGCUCCACCGUGGAGGACGAGCUCCACCUCAUCUUCAGGUUACUGGGAGCGCCCACUGAGGAGAAAUGGCCGGGAAUCUCCUCCAUCGAAGAGUUCAAAUCCUACAAAUUCCCCAAAUACAAACCACAGCCGUUAAUCAACCACGCUCCCAGGCUGGACAGCGAAGGCAUCGAGCUGCUGCUGUCUUUCCUCAGAUACGAAUCCAAGAAGAGGAUUUCAGCGGAGGAGGCGAUGAAGCAUUCCCACUUCAGGCAGCUCGGGAUGAGAAUCCACACGCUCUCUGAGAGUGUAUCAAUAUUCACAUUAAAAGAAAUUCAGCUGCAGAAAGACCCCGGCUACAGGAACUCCUCGUAUACAGAGUCAGCUACCGAGUACCGAUCCAAUACAAGUACUUUUGAAAAAACUGUACUUUAGCAGCUGUAUGCUACUAACGCUGGAUAGAGGAAACGGAAAGAUCAACAGGAGGCAGAGCAUGCUCUUCUAAUGUCCAGUGACGGUCGGCUGCCCACCCUCAUCAUCACUCCUCAUCAAUCUCUCGCAUGAGCCCACCUCCUUUCAGAGUGACCCCCCUCCAACUUCCUACACACACACUCACACACACACCUCUCUGAGCAAUUGACUCUGGGUUGAAUCUGUUUGGAAACUGUGUUUAUUUAUUGGGGGGAAAGGGGUGAGGUUGAAUUUAUUUGCUGCUAAACUACUACUGUUUGUAUUUAACACACUGUGUGUGUGCGCAUGUGUGUGUGUGUGUAUACAUGAUGUGAAAUCGAGACGCCGUGCACAGUUCAGCAGUCAGGAAGGUUACUUUGUCUUCUGACUGCGUUUCUCUGGCUUCGUUCGAGUUAGAAUUCCACGGAUGUUGAUGUCGACGCUGUGAUCCCAAGUUGUUGUUCUUGUUGUCGUGCUCGGAGACCGAACGCUUCAGUUUUCUCCAGUUUUUUCCUUUUAUAAAUAUGUAUAUCUAUAUAAAUAUAUAUUUGGAGUUUAUGUUUCGUUUUCCUUCGAGCUUCCUUGACCGAACUCCACAGCAUUUCCAGGUUUAGAAAGACUGGGACAGCUAAAUUGUUGGGGGGAAAAAACGAUUCCUCUGGAUUCCUUAUCAUCAGUCGUCCGUAACAUUUCAGACGGACUUUGAGAGGUCCCGCUGGUCUGAAGGGGUUUCCCUGAGGGUCUGUGAUCGGACUGUGUUAACUGAGGGUUAAGAAGCACACAGAGUCCGGUAAAGCUGGGAGAACCUUGAACCAACUUGUGGUUCUUUCCAUCCAAUCUGGCUCAGCAACAGGACCGAACCUGAGGAACAGGGGAAGGCAACCGGUUGGGAAGAUGAGCAGAAAGCACAGAUGAAAGAGGAGGAAUACUGGAGCCGAAGAGGAAACCACGUGAUAUCCCACAGGAAGCCGGAAAGCCUUCCGUGAGCUCCCUCACCAAACUGCCAGGACUUCUGUGCUUUUUGUUUUUUGAAAUGCAAGCUACACCUUCUCGCUCUGUGUCAUUCGCAGAUCUCACUGCAGUAACUCUUUGUUUUUAACUUGCACUUCAGUGUGGUUUUAUGGAAUCAGGGACCUGGGCCACGACACGGCCGAGUUUACCCAACAGUAUUAAGAUGUGUACUCUGUAUCUGUGAACUUUGACCUCUCCUUGUGAAACAACGGUGUCAUUGUGGCAUGUUUUGGGAGGGGGCGGGGCUGGCGGGGUGGGACAGCGGGGACCAGUAGAGUGUGUUUCAAAGCAAAAUGGUUAUUUCCACUUGGCGUCGGACCACUGCUCUCUUCACCUUUCGUACACAAGACGACAAAAGAUUUCAAAUUGAAAUGUUCGAUUUAACUGUUCGCUGUGUUGUUUGCAACUGACAGUGAUGCUACAGAUGCAGCACGUUGAGAAUCUCACUUUUGACAGCUAUUUCUACUGGAGCUAAAGAAAAGGAGCCCCCCCCUACCAGCACUUGAACCCUGUGACAUUGAUGUGCUUUGCAUUCCUGGUUGAAUUUAGUUGCGUGCCUCAUUUAUUUUAUAACAGGGGAUCAACAUAGGUGUAGUCGAGAUACAGUAUGUCCAGCAGCUGGGUUGUGGUUUUUACCGUUAUUAAGAAAAAGUUCAACAUUUUGACAAACCUUAUUGAUAUUGUUCUCAUGUCUGUACGGUAAACUAGCCUAGCGCCUCCAAAGCUCACAAAUGAACAUGUUACAUCUUGUUUGUCUCAUCCCAACAAGUGUCACUCGCAGUGAGUAGAAAUAGUUGGACUGACCCUAUGAAAAAAACACGCAACUAGGCAUUUUUACACUUCUGUAUUUGAACAAAGUAAAAGAAACAAGAUAUAAUCUAGUAAUACUUUAUCAGGUGAGCUGUUUCUCCUUUUCCAGUUUCAGUGCUAAGCUGAACUCAGAUAACUGUCUUUUAUAUGUAAUACACAGACAUGAGACUUUCAGUUAACGUUUGCUAAACAUUUUGUUUUAGUCUCUUGAAUUUCCAGAGCUGCAAAACACAAAGAGAAAUCAGUUGUGGAAAAGUGAGUGAAGUGAAAGAGCUUCUGCACUAACUGACCCCAGGGAUGCAUCGAACAUCACAAGUUAAACAUGAACGAGUGUGUGAAUAUCCGGGAUGGGGGGGUGGUUCUGUUCUGUAACUGCAGCUUGUGGUCUGUCGAGAUUUCAAUGAGCAACCCACCCUAGAGUUCUCUAAUUGGUAGAACAGAUUAGAAGCGUGCAGGAAGCUCCACUAAUGCUCGAUCAAUAACAGACGUCAUUAAUGUAAUAGACAUUAACGGAAACACAGUUUGCCGCUGACGGUGUAAUAACCCUGUAAACACACUGUAUUAACUGUCAUUCCUGUAGUUUGUCCUUUCAGUGAUUUUAUGAAUUAAUCAAUUAAAGUUCAGCACAAACGGUUACAGCCGAUAGAGAUGAAGAUACCGUACAUGGUUUAUAUUUAUAAUAAUGUAGCAGUUAUUGUGUUCAUACUCAAACAUCCUGUAUUGCAUUGACUCACAGAGCUACGGGUUUCCCCUAAGCAUUGACAAGUAUCUGCAUUUUUGGAUGCUUCACUUAAAGACCUGUUAACAAACCUAAGGAUGAAAGUUUAUUCCAAUAUUAGCUGCAAACUGUGUUUCUGUUAAUGGAGCAUUUUGUAUAUGAACAGCAGUAACAUGCAUGAAAGGAGAUUUCUACGAUGGCAAAAUUAUUUAUCAUUGUAAAACUGUACUUUUUUCAAACGUAUGAAUGACCUGACUUCAUGUGAACAUGUCUGAAUGCGUGUAUGUGUGUGUAUGUACUGUAUGUGUGCCUGAUGCAUGGAAGGCCUGCUGUGUUGUGAAUACGAUCUCUCGGAAACACUGAGCUGCCGGUGAACAGUUGGUGUGUGACUUUUUACUGGAACUAUUUAUUUCUCAUUAACCAUCGAAAAAGUAAAUUUAAUCUGUUUCAUAAA